GGUUCCUUCACCUUCUUUGCUUGCCAUUUCAUUUCCGCUUUCACGACUGACAACAGCCGAAAAGCCCGUUCCCCGUUGUGACAGACCCCAAUUUUUUAUAGGACUGUUCAAUAUUUAAAAUGAACAUAUCUUUAUUUUCCGUCCUUUUUUGUUUGUUUGUCGGUGUUUACUCAUCAGAUGAUAACUCAAAGAAGGGCCCCAGAGUCACAGUAAAGGUAUGGUUUGACAUUGCUAAUGGCGACAACCCACCGGAAAGAGUUGUUAUCGGGCUUUUUGGCAAAACAGUUCCUAAUACAGUUAAAAACUUUGUGGAGUUGUCCAAGAGAACGGCUCCCGAGGGCUACAAGAACAGCAAGUUCCACAGAGUGAUCAAGGACUUCAUGAUCCAGGGCGGAGAUUUCACCAAGGGAGACGGAACAGGAGGAGUAAGCAUCUACGGAGAGAGGUUUGCCGAUGAGAACUUCAAGAUCCAACACCACGGCGCUGGCUGGCUGUCCAUGGCCAAUGCAGGCAAAGACACCAACGGUUCUCAGUUCUUCAUCACUACCAAGAAGACACCGUGGCUGGACAACAGGCACGUUGUGUUCGGCAAAGUCCUCUCUGGAAUGAAAACCAUCCGUAAAGUGGAAAGCUCAGCAACAGACAGCAGAGACAGGCCGCUGAAGGACGUUGUGAUCGUAGACGCCGGUGUGGAAGAAGUCGCUGAACCCUUCGCUGUCGAGAAGACAGACGCAGAAGAGUAAUGCAUUUAAAACAUUGAACAAACACGAACAAACUAAACUUAGGUGUAGGGCAACAUGUAACAAGUCCGAACAAACAUAUUGUGAUUGUAGCUUGUAAUUUUGUAUUUUUUGCUCAACAGUAAUAAAAUUUUAUAAGUUGGUGUA